UAGGAAAUUUUAAGUGCGGUUUUAUUUAUUUUUUAUCUCCUUUAAUUGAAACUAUUUUACUCUGGUUCUCACCAUGCGUUACAGGGAUGUAUUUUCUCAGUUUUCAAUGGGUGUCAUGGAGCUUGAUGACUUUUUAGCUUCUCCUCCUCCUGGGGUCGAGAUUCAGAAUCUCCUUGGACGCAGUAUAGUGAAAUGUGUCUCGGACGGCGUCUAUGCGGUUGCUGAUAACUUUAUCCUUCCAUCUGGCCGAAGGGUUAUUUUUAAUGACACUCUGGGACAGACCAUCAAUAUAACCUCACGGGAGGAAUAUGAGGAUGUAAAACAGAAGCUGUAUACCAAGCUGCUUAUUCUCAUCAUAUUUGCCUGUGAGACCAAUGAAGAUGAAUACGGAACAAGAAAAUACUUUAAACCCACCAACUUGGUGAAGCAUUAUAUUCUGCUGGUCAGUGGGGUCUAUCUACAGAGAGAGAUGGAAAGGCUUUUGAAUGAGUGUCAUCGUCGUACAAGGACCUGUGUUAACUUCCUUCUGAAGCUUGACUUCAAGGAUUGUCUAAUACGUUGGACCUAUGGCAAUGACUUCACAGUACCUCAUGGAGGGGAAGGAAUCAUUCCUAGCUGGGAAAAUACAAGGAUAUUCAUAAACUACAGAGUCGAUUAUGGAUGCCAACUGUGGCAACUCUGGGGACUGAACAACUUCAAAUUUGCUCUUCAGGCUUAUCCAGUUGAAUUCUUGAAAUAUCAUACUCCUGAAGAACAAGAGGUGGUGCAAGAGAUCUUUGAAGUCUUCAAUAAAACCGAAGAGCUGGAAAUGUAGUGUGGUAGACGAAGCACUGCAUGGCUGGAGCGUCUUUGUGGAAGAUUCCAUUUUAAGCAUAACAAUUUCAUUUUAAUACAUCUGCUUUUACUAAGUUAUGAUUUACAUUAUUUUGGGGGGGAAAAAAUUGCAGACAUGUGUAACGUUAUAUUUUGCCUCUUAUGGGCCAGGCACUGCUCUUGGUGUGUAGAGUAAAUCAUGUGCAGAGGCUCAAUUGACAUUAUAGUAACCUGUCUGUUCUGUAAACUUCUUCUUUAUUUGGGGUGAUGUGUCUAAUUUUAGGA